AGGGGGCGGAGAAGGAGGAGCGCGGCGGGACAGUGUCCGGACCGCGCGUACUUUGGUCCGUGGGACUCUCUCCGCGCCUGCGGUUGUAGCAGCUGCGGCUGCAGCCAUAGCAGCAGAUCAGUUAUUGGCACCAUGAACUGGAAUAAAGGUGGCCCUGGCACUAAGCGGGGAUUUGGCUUUGGAGGCUUUGCCAUUAGUGCUGGGAAGAAGGAGGAACCCAAACUCCCACAACAGUCCCACAGUGCCUUUGGGGCAACCAGCUCUUCUUCUGGAUUUGGAAAGUCAGCUCCACCACAGCUUCCUUCUUUCUACAAAAUUGGAUCUAAGCGGGCCAACUUUGAUGAAGAAAAUGCAUACUUUGAAGAUGAAGAAGAAGACUCUAGCAAUGUUGAUUUACCUUACAUUCCUGCUGAAAACUCACCUACCCGCCAGCAGUUCCAUUCCAAGCCCACAGAUUCUGACAGCGACGAUGAUCCCUUGGAGGCAUUCAUGGCUGAAGUGGAGGAUCAGGCUGCUAGAGACAUGAAGAGGCUUGAAGACAAGGACAAGGAAAGAAAAAACGUAAAGGGUAUUCGAGAUGACAUUGAAGAGGAAGAUGACCAAGAAGCUUACUUUCGAUACAUGGCAGAGAACCCAACUGCUGGUGUGGUUCAGGAAGAGGAGGAAGACAAUCUGGAAUAUGAUAGUGAUGGAAAUCCAAUUGCUCCUUCUAAAAAAAUUAUUGAUCCUCUUCCUCCCAUUGAUCAUUCAGAGAUUGACUACCCACCAUUUGAAAAAAAUUUUUACAAUGAGCAUGAGGAGAUAACCAACCUCACCCCACAGCAGUUAAUAGACCUGCGACAUAAGCUCAAUCUUCGGGUCUCUGGUGCUGCACCUCCUAGACCAGGAAGUAGUUUUGCUCAUUUUGGAUUUGAUGAACAACUUAUGCACCAGAUUCGGAAAUCUGAAUACACACAGCCCACCCCAAUACAGUGUCAGGGUGUACCUGUGGCAUUAAGUGGCAGAGAUAUGAUUGGCAUUGCCAAAACAGGCAGUGGAAAAACUGCUGCCUUUAUCUGGCCCAUGUUGAUUCAUAUAAUGGAUCAGAAAGAAUUAGAGCCAGGCGAUGGACCAAUUGCAGUGAUUGUGUGUCCUACUCGGGAGCUUUGCCAACAGAUCCAUGCAGAAUGUAAACGGUUUGGGAAAGCAUAUAAUCUUCGCUCAGUGGCCGUGUAUGGAGGAGGGAGCAUGUGGGAGCAGGCCAAGGCCCUUCAAGAAGGGGCAGAGAUUGUUGUGUGUACCCCAGGUCGACUGAUUGAUCACGUGAAGAAGAAAGCUACCAAUCUUCAAAGAGUAUCUUACCUUGUGUUUGAUGAAGCAGAUCGAAUGUUUGACAUGGGAUUUGAAUACCAGGUUCGAUCCAUAGCAAGUCAUGUCCGUCCUGACAGACAGACUCUCUUAUUCAGUGCAACUUUUCGGAAAAAGAUUGAAAAAUUGGCCAGAGACAUCCUGAUUGACCCCAUCCGAGUGGUGCAGGGAGAUAUUGGAGAGGCCAAUGAAGAUGUGACACAGAUUGUGGAGAUCCUCCAUUCUGGGCCUAGUAAAUGGAAUUGGCUUACCCGGCGUCUGGUAGAGUUUACCUCUUCUGGGAGUGUCCUUCUGUUUGUCACUAAAAAAGCCAAUGCUGAAGAGCUAGCCAAUAACCUUAAGCAGGAAGGUCAUAAUCUUGGGCUGCUCCAUGGAGACAUGGAUCAGAGUGAGAGAAACAAGGUCAUUUCAGAUUUUAAGAAAAAGGACAUCCCAGUCCUAGUGGCUACAGAUGUUGCAGCACGUGGUCUGGACAUUCCUUCAAUCAAGACUGUCAUUAACUAUGACGUGGCACGAGACAUUGAUACCCAUACUCAUAGGAUUGGCCGCACAGGAAGAGCGGGUGAGAAGGGUGUGGCCUAUACCUUACUUACCCCCAAGGACAGCAAUUUUGCUGGGGACCUUGUCCGAAACUUGGAAGGAGCCAAUCAACAUGUGUCUAAGGAACUCCUAGAUCUGGCAAUGCAGAAUGCCUGGUUUCGGAAAUCCCGCUUCAAAGGAGGGAAAGGCAAAAAACUGAACAUUGGUGGAGGAGGCUUGGGCUAUAGGGAGCGGCCUGGCCUGGGCUCUGAAAAUACGGACCGAGGAAAUAAUGUAAUGAGCAAUUACGAGGCUUACAAGCCCUCCACAGGAGCCAUGGGAGAUCGCCUGACAGCAAUGAAAGCAGCUUUUCAGUCACAGUACAAGAGUCACUUUGUUGCAGCCAGCUUAAGUAAUCAGAAGGCUGGAAGCUCUGCUGCUGGGGCAAGUGGAUGGACUAGUGCAGGGAGCUUGAAUUCUGUUCCAGCUAAUUCAGCACAACAGGGUCACAACAGUCCUGACAGCCCCAUCGCCAGCACCACCAAGAGCAUUCCAGGUUUUAGCAAUACUGGGAACGUCAGUAGCGCCCCAGUGACCUACCCUUCUGUUGGAGCCCAGGGAGUCAACAACACAGCUUCAGGGAAUAACAGCCGAGAAGGGAUUGGGGGUAGCAAUGGGAAAAGAGAAAGAUACACUGAGAACCGGGGUGGUGGCCGUCAUAGUCAUGGAGAAAGUGGCAAUCGGCAUGGCGAUCUCCCACGUCAUGGAGAUGGUGGUCGCCAUGGAGAUGGAUAUCGUUACCCAGAAGGCAGCAGUAGCCGUCAUACUGAUGGCCAUCGGCAUGGAGAGAACAGGCAUGGAGGAAGUGCAGGUCGGCAUGGUGAGAGCCGGAGUGCAAAUGACGGUCGGAAUGGGGAAAGCAGGAAAGAAGGUUGUAAUCGUGAAGCCAAGAUGGACCCCAAAGUGGACAGCAGCAAGAUGGACAGCAAGACAGAUAAGACAGCUGAUGGUUUUGCUGUCCCAGAGCCACCCAAACGCAAAAAAAGCCGAUGGGACAGUUAGAGGGUAUGUGCUACAGUGUGAAAUCAGUUGUCUUUAAUUUUAUUUUUAGAAAGAUUUUGGUAACUAGGUGUCUCAGGGCUGGGUUGGGGUCCAAGGUAUAAGGACCCCCUGCUCCUAGCAAGAACCAGAGCAUGGAGAUAAGGCCUUCCUGCAUCUGAAUAAUUGUUCAGAUGUUUUCUUAGGAAGCUUCUGCUGGCUCUGGGUGAGUGGAAGGUACUUUGGGAGAAGGGGCCUUAUAUGGGGCGCAAAACUCACUCUAGGUUUAUAUUAUAAGUAGCUUAUAUUUUUUACUAAAAUACCACCUUAUAAACAUCUACAAAUUGAAUUGUUUUUUUCUUGUUUGGCAAGGCAGUCCCCCUUUAGGAGUCAGCUUCUGCAAACCCAGUCCAUAGAGCUGUUAGGAAUAUUUGGGAAGCAGUUUGGUGCUUUCACACAUUUGAAGGGAAGGGAGGUCCGAACUCUCAGGUUCCCUAGCCAGGUUUGUAUCCAGCCCUGAGACAUGUAGAAGAAAUUGCCUUCCAGACCACAGGCUUUGAAAUUCCCAGGGAUAGUGUGAUUGAAGGGAACUAAAGACCCUGUCAAGAGUUUCAGGAUUGUUCCAGGUCUGAGGUAUUGUUAAAUUUAAAAUUUAAAAACAAAAAACCCAAGUUUUCAAAGUGUCUAUUUCAUUGUAUUUUUUUUUUAACUUGCCUCAAUGGUAGAAGUCUUUUGCUGAAAUGAUUUUGAUGAUUUUUGUUCUAUCUUGUUUAUAAAAGGAAAAGAAAUAUACAAACUUUGAAUUUUGUGACUUUGUGAAGGUUUCUUUAAGAUGUGCAUUCCUCUCUGCUUGCUCUCUAGUAAAUGUUUUACUGCUGGGACCUGCGGACUCUUUGUCAUUUCUGCCUUAUCAUAGUUGGUAUGUUACGAUUUCAAACGGUGUAGCACAAAAGUGGUAUGAAAUGUGGGGAAGUGCUUCUUUAUUAAACUGUCAGAAAAGACAUCUC